CGGGCUGUCAGCCUGAUCUCCGUCCGUCCGCCGGCAGAGCGUCAGCAGCGCCCGCUGGCUCACCUGCGCCCAUUCAGCCGUACGGGGAUCGCCUCCGCAGCCGCCCGCUUUGGAUGUUAUGGGAAAUACCGUCCGGCUGGCGAAUGCAGACUCUGGCCGACGACCACGCUAAUUUUCUCCACUUGCUGCUGACGGCGCUGCGGAUUGUAUUAUUUACGUAUAUAUAUUUUUUAUUUUCCCUUGGUUAAAUGAUCGAGUUUAUAUUUGAAUUAGUUAAUUUAUAAAGAAAUAUUAAUAAACGUUCCGUUUCUUCUUAUAAUGACGAGAUAUUUAAGAUUUCCGAGAAGGUCAUUCCUUGGACUUUUAUUCCUAUUUUCCCUGUCCACCUCUGCAUUGUACUUCAUAUAUUCAGCACCAGGUAUCGUGAACGAAUACCUCUUCAUGGUCCAAGCCCGCGGACUCCAGAUUCGAGAGAAUGUGAGAAGCAUUGGGGUCCAGGUCUUAGAGCAGAUGGUUCGGGGAGCCUACAGCAACAACACAGAUUAUGCCUACGACUUCAAUGUCAGCGAGCUGCACAUCCAGACCACCACCUACCUCCCGGAGGGCUACACAUACCUCCCCAGCCAGAGAUGUCCUUUAAAGCUUCCAUCUAUGAAGGGACGGGUGGACGUCAACAUGAGCGAGGUGGCCCUGUCGGAGGUGGAAAGGACCCUGCUGCUGGAAGACCCCAGCUUGGCCCUGGGGGGCCACUGGAAGCCGCAUGACUGCAUGCCACGUUGGAAGGUGGCCAUCCUGAUCCCAUUCCGGAAUCGCCACGAGCACCUGCCGAUCCUGCUCCGACACCUUGUCCCAGCUCUCCAGCGACAGCGGCUCCAGUUCGGUUUCUACGUCAUUGAGCAGGCGGGCACCGAGGCCUUCAACCGUGCCAUGCUGUUCAAUGUGGGCUUCCGGGAAGCAAUGAAGGACCUAGACUGGGACUGUAUGGUCUUCCACGACGUGGACCACAUCCUUGAGAACGACCGAAACUACUAUGGCUGCGGAGAGAUGCCGCGGCACUUUGCUGUCAAGCUCAACAAGUACUCAUACAUGCUGCCAUACGGCGAGUUCUUUGGUGGGGUCAGUGGCCUUACCGUCGAGCAGUUUCGAAAGAUUAACGGCUUUCCCAAUGCCUUUUGGGGCUGGGGAGGUGAGGAUGACGACCUGUGGAACAGGGUCCAGUUUGCGGGCUACACCGUGAGCCGCCCCUCAGGCGAUGUGGGCCGCUACAUGUCCAUACCACACCAUCACCGUGGAGAGGCGCAAUUUCUGGGCAGAUACACCCUCCUCCGCCAGUCCAAGAAGAGGCAGGAGGUAGAUGGUUUGAACAACCUGAACUAUUCACCCAGGAUCUCCCGAACUGCCCUAUACACCAACAUCACUGUUCACUUGACCAAGGAGCUGGCCCCAGUGGCUGACUACUGACCCCUCCCUGGAGGUCAUGGGGGUUUAGGGAUAGGGGAUGGAACUGGCUGAAACCAUCUGUCCAGGGAAUGAUCAUCUUCUGAAGAUAUCAGAUGGCGCCUUUCUUAAAGGAGACAAGUUUCCCAAAUCAUCAAUGCACACGGACAUUGGGCAACAUGACACUAGCACUGGACGUUCUUUUCCGGGUUUUGGGUCACUCCGCGUCUCUGUGUUUGGCUCCAGGAUUUUGCCGGGGAAACGCCUCACACACAUCUGCCUUCCACAUCUUAUUUUGGGCCUUGCUUUUCGACGGCAAAUUCUCAAACCAAGUUUACAUCCAGUUUCACACUGAAACAGCCGAAAACUGGAGGAGGUACUCUUGCCAGAAAAGUCUCCUUCGCCACUGGCCAGAAAACGCCAGAUUCUGACAGGGAUCAAUGGGAAAUGCCAUUUUCUCCGCCACACACGGAAUCCGUUUUUCACCCAUACAGCCUUCCGUUAUCAGUUCACCCUGAACUGAUAUGAGAAAAUAUCUAAUAGCUUAUGUGGAUCUGAUGAACGCUAAAGCCCCCAGGAUUUAAAAGGCAUAAAGAGAACACUUGUAUUUAUUUAGCAGAUAGUUUUACCCAAAGUGACAUACAUUUAUUUUUGAGACAGCAUGGUUAGCUAGUCCAUGGAGAAAUUGCAGAUUAAGGGCCCUGCUUAAGGGUCCAAUGGUGAAAUUGCUCUGCCGAUGCUGGGAUUCAAACCUAAGCUGUUGAGCCACACUCUACCCCAGGAAAUGCUGGCCAGCAGUGCUUUGUGGGUUUAUGCUCCACAUCAGAAGGGCAUUAUGCUCUGGGAACCUUUUCCAUUUUGGGGAAGUUGAGGGCUUUGGUGGCCAGAGUUCUGCUAUGAUGCAGAGCCGCUGCAAUUUCCCUCUGUUAAAAGAGGGUGGUGAUUCCCAGGAGACCGGACUGAGCAGAAGUUGGACGCUGUGCCCUUCCCCGCCAUGCGAGGGGUCUCCCAGAGUGCACCAGGCCGUCAGUCACCCCCACCAGACAGGCGGACGAGAUCAAAAUCCAAGACUGUGAAAUGACACUUUGGGAGAAGUCCGAAUGACUGCAGAAGCCCGCAGAAAUCAGAUAUCCGUCCCCUGUCAUCAGAUCCACCUGCGUUUAGCUGUUAGAUGGUAUCUUCCUGACAUAGAGCCAUCGUUUGUCUGUAAAUGCGUGCGUAAGUGUAAACCUGUAUGUGUGUGUAAACGUAUAUGUAGAUGGUUUCUUCUAUACUCAUUUUUUUUUUUGCUCUUUUCCUCAAGUUGCAAACUAUUUUUUGAGCAGCUGCGUUGUAUACUUAAAAUCCUGUAAAGGGAGACGGACGGUGAGCUGUGUGAAAUUCAGCAUGUUUACAGUGUUUCUGUCUCACUCCCUAUAUAUAUCUCCUGUGGACAGCGUGACUCCACCGUACUGACCGGGCGACCAAGUAGAUCAGGAACCAAUGCGCUUUUGUGAAUUUCUAACUUAAUGAUUAUUCCGAUCUUUUCCUUAAUCUGAGAUCCCAAAAUUCCUGCUGCUUUUUGUGUGGAAUAUUCAAGAUGACUUUCUAGCUAGAGGCAUGCUAGAAGAAACCAAUGAGGGCACAUACUCUUUGCACAGGAUACAGGGGGUUUUACUUACUCAUCUGCUACUUUUUACCCACGUUUACAUCCGAAUCUGAAUCCGCGUGUGCUCAGAGACAGACCGUUCCUGGUAUACAUGCUGCAGCCGUUUCUGAAUGCAUUGGGGCAGUGCUGUAAACGCUGAGUCAUCCUGUGCCAACAUCGUCUGGCCAAUGGCAUUACGGGCCGGCUGUCCUUAAACCCGACCCCAGUGUGACUCCUUGCCCGGACCUCAAAGCACCUGAGGAGAUUCACACAACGAGUCUCCCUUCAUGGCUUUGCAUUGAACAAAAACACCUCGAUCAUAGAGUCAACGUUAUUUUUUUGGCAUAGAGGGAAGAAUUCCUUCGUGCCAUUACAGAGGCUGGCCUCUACUCGUUUUAUUUAUGGACUUUUUAAAAUUACCUUUCAUCAAUUCCGUUUUGCUUCAAUGAUUGCAAUUUGGCCUGAGGAGUUUAGGUUAAAUACUUCAGCUGAGUGGAAGAAGUGAUGUGUAAAAUCGCAGCGCUGAGUGGUAUAGCUGGGGAGCAAAGGCUCCAUGUCCUGCGGAAACUGGGGGGGGGCAGCCUUGUGCUCUCACCAGCCAGACCCACUUCUCUGCGUCUUAUCAACGGUGCUGCUCUUGAAGACAAGUCACAUUGUGCUGACCGGAGGCAUCAUGAUAGUAUCUUUGUUUUCCUUUUAAAAAAAAAGGAAAGCACAAGUUGACAGCACAGAGCCAAUCUUAAGGAAGUGCUCAGUGAGGGUGGGGGUUGUUGUUUUUUUUGUAGAAAAACACAAUAUGUGGGCACAUGUAGCGGCCACUAUUUCAGAGCGGGGGAGUGUCCCCAAAAGCGUGGUCCCGGCCAGUUUUGGCUGAUUCUGGAUUUAUGUCUGGGGACGCCAUGACCCCGCUGAAAUUCCCCACGUGCCUCGUUUCUGUGAGAGCCAUGAUGGAUUUGGUUUCCUGCCAGCCCAAAUGAUGGACCCCCGGUCCUGAUCGACUGGCAGCCUUAAAUCUUUCAUGCAUCCUAAUGUUCUCAUGUGUUAUUCUUUAAUUUUAUAUGAAUAAAUAUUUUAAAAUGUAUAUCUGUUAAUGGUCACUCGUCCACGUCUCAUUGUUGCGUGUCAUCAGUAUAAGAAACUAGACCUAAUGAGGAUUUUUUUUUUUUUAAAUGGCUUCCUUCUCAACUCUGUGCCAUUUAUCAAAACCGUAACAUUCCACUACACCCCAUCCUGCCCUCCCAUGCGCGCGCACACAUACAACACACAGAAACAUACACACAAACACACACUUCACGUUGUCAACCUCCACAUGUCGUUUGUGGCGUCCCCUCCCCCACACUUAAGCGAAAUUUCGCGCCAAGUGUGGCAGACGCACAAAUGUCCAGUGACAGCAAGAUGGGCACCAUGAUGUGGGACUGGCAGGACGAGGCAUUUUUAUUGGGGGGCGGAACGUUAUUUUAAAUGGAAAGAGGAAGGGUACGGAACAGGACCGAGAGAACACAGGAGCACAUCGAAUAAAUGUGCUGUGUUGGUGAAGAGAGGAAUGAAUUAGCAAGCACAUGCGUGUGAUGUGGUAGUGAAAAAAAUCCGCUCCCCGCUUUGUUGGUCCGCUGGCGAAGUGGAACGUUUUUAGCUUUAACGCGGAAACGGGGGAAAACACGCAUGAGGUGACCUACCCCAGGUUCUCACAGAGUCUGUUCAAACAAGACGCCGCGUGCACCGGGAUCGCUGGGUGGGUACCCGCCUCCGAAUUCGACUCGAGCCACAAGCGAAAAAAAAAACAUUCGUAUCAGUGUUACGUGUUUUGUGUAAACCUGCAUAUUGCUGUCUUUUGAGUUUUUUUUUAAUCACUGUUAUUGUUCAGUCACAUCAAUAAAUUUUGAAAAAUG